UUUAGUUUUUUUUACCGCGCGAUUCACCGAGAUAUCGUUUCCCUCCUCCUCCUUCGCUCUCGGCGGAGACUUCACAGCAACUCUCUCUGUUCGCUUCUUCCCAAAUUCUUCGAUUUGCCCGAAAGGAAACCCCUUUCGCCUUGAUUCCUCCCUCAAAUCUCACCGUAUUCCCCAAAUUCUCUUGGAUUCGUGCGAUUUGCUUCUUUUGUUUUUAGGGUUUGGCCUCACGGCUUCGAAUUUGUAUGUGAUUGUAUGGAGGGAUUCGUCUUUAGGUUUUGCCCUUUUUGAGGAUUUGUGGUCCGAUUGGGGGCUGUAGUUUCGGGCUGGUAGUGUGUUUGAGGCGGCGGCGGCGAUGGUUUUGGUGACCUUUUCGUGGCCCUAUGGCGGCCGUCAGGUCCUCAUCACGGGAACUUUCACGAGCUGGACUCGGCAUUAUCAGAUGACGCCGGUGGAUGGUUCACCCGGGACUUUUCAGUCGUCAAUUGAUCUUCUUCCUGGUUACCACCAGUACCGAUUCUUGGCUGAUGGGAUAUGGCGAUGUGAUGAAAGGCAACCUUGUAUCUCUGAUGGAUUUGGAGUGGUAAAUAAUUGGCUAUAUAUAGCGGAACCUGAUGUUGCCGCUCCAGCAUUACAGUAUGAACCACACAUUAUUAGAACCAUGGAUAUGGAUGAGGGUACUGCUUUAUACACAGCCCCAUCACCUAGCCAGGCACAGUUGUCAGAAACAGACAUACAAGUUUCCCGAAGUUGGAUAUCUAGGCUUCUAUCAUCCCAUACUGUGUAUGAUACACUUCCCAUGUCAAGCAAGGUAGUUAUUAUUGAUGCUCAAAUGCCUGUUAAGAAGGCAUUUCAAAUCAUGUAUGAAGAGGGCUUGUUUGUUGUUCCUAUAUGGGAUGAGCUCAGAGCCACUGUGACGGGAAUGUUAACUGCUUCUGACUUUAUAUCAAUUCUUAAAGGGCUGCAGGAAAAUGUACUGGUAUUGGCUGAGGAAGAGCUUGAUAACUAUACAGUUUCUGCUUGGAAAGAAAUUAAAUUUCAACAAAAUUCCAAUGGGCCUGUAGGCAUGCAUCGGAGACCUGUAAUCCAUGCCUCAGAUCAAGAAUGCCUCAAAGAUGUGGCUCUGAAGAUUGUGCGAAAUGAGAUAUCCUCUCUUCCUGUAUUUAAAUCUUCUUCGCAAGAUACAUGCAUGCCCUUGCUAACUCUUGCAUGCCUUCCUGGGGUUUUAAAAUAUAUCUUCACUCAUUAUAGAGAGCCUAUUAUUGCUCUGCCACUUCUACAACACCCAAUUUGCAGAAUUCCUCUAGGAACAUGGUUACUGGAGACUGGUAGAGGGAAUGGACGGCAACUAGCAAUGCUGGGGAGCAAUUCCCCUCUGAGUUCUGCUCUUCAAUUAUUAUUAGAAGGAAGGAUAAGUACCAUACCAAUUGUUGACGAUAGUGGAUCAUUAGUCGAUAUUUACUCCCGCAGUGACAUUUUGGCUUUAGCAAAAGGUGACAUGUAUGCUCAUAUUCAGCCCCACCAAAUGACAAUGCACCAAGCUCUACAACAGGUAUACCAGGCAAAUUCUUACAUCAAUGGCCGAAGACGAUGCCAUACUUGUUUUCGUUCAAGCACUCUUCAUGAGGUCAUGGAUCAAUUGUCAGACCCAGCUGUGCGAAGACUAGUAAUUGUCGACGCUAUAAGCAAACGUGUCGAGGGAAUAAUUUCAUUGAGAGAUGUACUCGAAUUUCUUCUUCAUUGAAACAUUCUGUAAAUAUCCUUCCUAGGUAUUUUCUAGCAACAUUGGAUUAUGAAAGAACCUGUUUUAUUCAA